AUGAACAAGCGGCUGCCCAUCGCCGUGCAAGAGCUCAAGGAGUGGCAGCGCGGUCAUCGGGAGCUCGGCGAAGACUUGAAGGACAAGCCCGCCGGCUACGUGGGGGCGAGGGUGGCCAAGCGGCUGACCACGGACUGCUACGCCCGCGGCGUCUGCCGCGGCGCGGUGGAGUGCGCCAAUUUGACCACGCGCCAGGCGGGCAACGACCCCACGGCGGCCGAGUCUAUCAAGACGGCGCCCAUCCACUCCAUCUCCUUGCAGUUCGGCCUCCAACUCCUGGAGGCGGCGGCCGCCGGCGAAGCUUGGCCGGCUGAGCCGCGACAGCUGCGGACAGACGCGCGGCCGGCGGCUCAGCGAGGGCGCGUGGUCUCCUGCCCGUUCUGGACCUUCUACGGGGCGCGGGGGCGAGCAGCCGAAGUCCGCGAGCUCUGCGCCUUCGAGUUCGCGCGCCACUUCCUCUUCAAGCUCGCCAAGCGGCCCUUUGCGCUGGAGCAGCUGAGCGAGCGGCGCGACGAAGGUUUUCACGCCUCGCUGACGCGGGCUGGGGCGGCGAAGCUUGGCGGAAACCCCGAGGCCGUCUUGCUGCCCGGGGCGGACUACGAGAUCCAUGAGGAAGGCGGGGAAGACUGGCUGCCGCUAGGGGGUGGCGUUGCAGUUGCGCAGGGCGCGCUCGGCGGUCGCUCGGAGGAGGACUACGCGAAGCGGGUGCUGCUGCUCUUCUGCCCUUGGACGAGCCACCCUGACGACGCCUCGGCCGCCGCGCCCUUCCUCGCCGACCUCUGCAAGUUCGGCAAGUCAGACUGGCGCCGCGCCCUCCGACGGCGGCUCAUUCUCCGAGGCUUCCCGACCGAAGAGGUCAAGCAGUUCGCGCUGAACUUUUGCUUCGUCUACUGCUUGCCGCGGGAGCUCCGGCCGGAACAGCACUUGCAAGAGAACAGCGACAACGAGGUCCAGGACGAGGGCGUGCGCUUUGACGAGGCGGACUUGGAGGCGGCUCGGGCCACGCACGUCCGCGGCGCGGGCAAGCUGGGCUCCGAGAACUUUGACGAACAAGACAGCGAGCAGGAGGACGAGGCCGCGGCGACGCGGCUGUGCGUCAUGACCAAGCAGAUGUUCGACUUGUCCCGGGCCGCGUGGAGGAAGAGCGGGGCCGACGCCCCGCCCGGCCAAGGCGCGCCCGGGCCGCCCCGAGCGCAAAGCGAGCAGCUUGACCACAACGCGCUCGCCUGGGCCGCCCGCGCCUCGCGGAGCAAGAGCAGACUUCCGUCCUUUCCGGGCGUCGGCCAAGCCAGUCGGGACCCCGAGGCGCAGCCGCUCGGCCCGCCCGUGACCGCAGACGCACUGCUGGACUGGCUGGGCAGUGAGCGCGUCCGGAGCGGUCUGAACUCCAAGCAAUGGGAGCUGCUGCGGGUGGUGGUGGAAAGGGUUCUGGUCGAGCUGGAGCUGGUGCCGCCGGACCACGAGAUCGCUCUGCGGCGAGCCGAGCCGCUGGCCUGGCUGCUGCACGGCCCGCCGGGCACUGGGAAGUCCCACGUCCUGAAGUUCCUGCGGGAAUUGUUCGAGGAGCAGCUCGGCUACGCGCAGGGGAUCGACUUCGAGGCGCGCGGGCGAAACUGCGGUCGCCUCUCUUGCCCUGCUGGGGUUGCCGCCCCGCAGGUUGCGGCGUUCCAGGCCGUCAACGCGGCCGACAGUCGCGGCCGGACCCUCCACAACGCCUGCGGCCUUGGCGUGGACGCGGCCGCGCUGGACCGCGCCGUGGGCCAGGAGGCGGCGAAGAGAAUGAGCUACUGGAGAUGGCUCGUCGUCGACGAGGUCAGCAUGGUCAACGCGCGGCUGCUGGCGCAGGCGUGCGGGGAGGGGCGCCGGUCUCGCUUGCCCGCCCGUCUGUUCGCGCGAUCGACAGGUCGAGCGGCGGCUGCGGGCGGUCGUCCCGUCGGCCAGUGGAAGCGCAACGCGGCCGGGGAUUCGCGGGCCUUCGCGGGCGUCAACGUGCUGCUGCUCGGCGACUUCUACCAGCUGCCGCCGCCGAGCGGCGGCUACCUAGCGGACGUGCCCAGCAGCCGGCGGCCGCCGCGGCUGAGCGCGGCCGCCGAUGCCGAGCCGGACCUCCUGGCGGACUACGGCAGAGAGCGCGAGCGCUGCAAGGAUGCCUGGUGGAACGAGGUCGUGGACGAGCUGCGGCGCGGCGAGCUGUCGGAGGAGAACUGGCGCUACCUCCACGGCAAGCCCGUCGAAGGUUGCCGGCUGACCGCGGCAGAGCGCGAGUCCCGGCGCCGGGUCAUUGCGGGGCCGGGCAACCCGCGCUUGGGAGAAGAGAAGUUCCGGUGGGCGGCGGCCAUUGUUGCCAACAACGACGCCAAAUACCAGAUCAACAAGGACCGUGCCGAGGACUACAGCCGCGCGGCCGAGUCGCCGCUCCGCUGGUCUGUGGCCCUGGACGCGCCGUCCGCCGAGGUUCUGCAGACGCAGAAGUGCGACAAGGCCGUGCGGAGCCGGUGGCUCCAGUAUCACGACCGGGACACCGAGAACCUCUUCGGCAUGCUGCCGCUAGCCGUCGGGAUGCGCGUGGUCUUGGCCGACCACCUCGAUCGCUCCGAGGACAAGCUGCUCCUGCGAGGCAGCGCCGGCCGCGUCCACUCCUGGGUCUGGAAGGAGAACGACCAUCGGCCGACUUGCGUCUACGUGAAGUUUGACGGGGCGGCCUGGCAGCUUGACGGCGCGCCGGAGCCGGGCCUCUACCCCCGCAAGAAGCCGGUGCUCAAGAUCGCGCGGACGCAGCUGCCGCUGGCCCCGGCCUACGCGAUCACGGCCCACGGCAGCCAGGGCAAGACGCUCCCCGCCGCGCUAGUGGACUUCAACGUUGACAAGCGGACCGACGUAACCUUCGGGACCGGAGGACGUCUUGAUCUUGAGGCGCCGGACAAUACAGCGGGAGGGAGGGAAGAGAGGGUUGUCCCCGGCAGGCCCUUCGAGCGCUGGCUCUACACCCGCGGCGCGCCGGAGGGCCCGGCGCUCCUGCUGAAGCAGCUGCGGGGCGAGGAAGUGGACUGGGAUGCAUUCCGGGAGGCGAAGGCGCCCUCCGCGGCAUGCGAGAAAUGCAAAGAGGCCAAGACACUGGACUACUUCUCCGAUCGGCAGUGGGAGCGCGUCAGGUCCAACCGCUCGGCCAUUUGCCUUGCCUGUGCGCCCAGCCGGCGCGGCCCCUAUUGGGCCGCCUCUUCACGUCGGCCGCGCAAUCUGCGCAGGCCGCCGCCCAAGGCAUUCGCGCGGGAAGGCGUGCUCCAGCUUCCGGAACUUGCAGCCGCGGCAGUCCAGGCGCGCCAGACCAGACGGCAGCUUCCGCUUCAGCGUCUUCUGGCCGGCCUUGCGUUCACUUGCCAGACUUGCUACCUGUUCUUCCCGGGAGCCGGCGCCGCGGAGCGCGACGGCAACCCCUUGUUGGCUAGCCGCCGGCGCUGGCAAGAGCACGUGCCGCAAAUGCGGCGGCGUGUGGCAAGAGCCGGGCGGGCAAGGAGGCGACAAGCGCCAAAGGCUUUGCCCAAAGUGCAGGCCGGGGGCAAGUGGCGCAAAGCGCGCGUGACGCGGUUGGAGCCGCCGGGGCAAAAAUUGGCUCGAGGCGGGCGGGCCCAGCGGGGGAAGGCCGCGCGAGGAGCAGGAAGAGCGCCGCGGGCGAAGGCUUAA